AUGUCCAUAUUCCUGCUCCCUAAAACUCUCUGUAAAGCCAUAAACUCUGAUCUUGCUAACUUUUGGUGGGGAUAUACUGACACCAAGUCAAAAAUUCACUGGAAGGCUUGGCCUAAGUUGUGUGAAGAAAAAUCUAAGGGUGGAAUUGGUUUCAGAGAGUUCAACACUUUCAACAAGGCUCUGCUCGCCAAGCAAUGCUGGUGCAUCCUAAAAAACCUCAAUGCCUUGUGGGUGAAGGUGUUAAAAGGAAGGAACCGGUUCACCCUCCUUGCUGUUCAGGAACUUAUUGAUCCAAUCAAGCAUUGCUGGAUGAUCGACCACAUUGAACCUUUCCUGUCUAUUGAGGAUGCUAGAGCAAUCAAGUCAAUUCCUUUGGGUGAUCUCAACAAAGAUGAUUCUCUUAUCUGGCCAAAAGAGAAAGCGGGUAAAUAUAAGGUAAAAUCUGGCUACCACUGCUUAACUUCCAAGCUUGUAGUUCCCGAAGUCGGUAAGCCCUCUUCCUCUCACCAAAUUGAUGGUAAAGUUUGGAAAGUGAUUUGGAACUCUGGUCUUCUCCCGAAAAUCUCAAACUUCCUCUGGAGAGCUAUUUCUAAUGCACUCCCCUGCUUCUGUAAUCUGUUCAAAAAGAAAGUCGUUCCAUCUCCGCUUUGUAGCCUCUGUGGUCAAUACCCUGAAACAAUUGAGCAUUACCUUCUUCUUUGCCCUUGGACUAAACGGGUUUGGUUCGGCAGCCUACUUGGUUAUCGUCCAAGACUUGAGAAAAUCUCUACUCUUGAUUGUUGGCUUCUAAGAACCAUUGAGGAAGGUUCAAAGCUGGUCGAUGAUCCUUCAGUCUUCUUGGAGCUGUUGGGUUUCAUUCUCUUUGAAAUUUGGAAAAUGAGAUGUGCUGCUAUCUACAAGAAUGGCUUUGUAAACCCGGAUAUAGUCAUCUCAAAUGCCAAUUUCAGUUCUUUGGAAAUGGCAAAUGUUAAGAUGGUGAAUGAUUCCCUAACCUCAACUCCUUUGACAAGUAGCAGCAUUACUACUUGGAAGCCUCCACCUGAGAACUUUAUCAAGAUCAACUCAGACGGAGCUUGGGAUCCCCUGACAAAGAAUGGAGGCACUGGUGCAAUAUUAAGAGAUCACAGUGGGCGUUUCCUUGUUGGGGGCAGCUAUUUUAACCCCUACAAUUCAGCCAUUGAGUCAGAGGCUAUGGCUUUAAUUCAGGGGUGUUUCCUGGCAGCAAGGUUGAACAAAUUAAAUAUCGUUUGUGAAUGUGAUUGUAAGGAUUUGGUGGAGUUCGUUAACAAUCAAGAAUGCGGUGAGAGUUGGAGACUAAACCCUUUUAUGGAAGACAUUCUCGGGUUUAAAUCUCAUUUCAAUAACUACACCUGCACUUGGACUCCCCGUGAAGCUAACCGUUCAGCGGAUGCUGCGGCCAAGCUAGCAAAACAGAGGCUUCUAUCUAACCGUUCAGCGGAUGCUGCGACCAAGCUAGCAAAACAGAGGCUUCUAUCCCAAGAGUGGAUGAAUUACCCCCCCAGCCUCUUUGGUAUCAGCUCUUCGUCGAGAUGA